AUGGAGAACCAUCGCAACGCGAGAAGUGGAGAGGAGGCAAGGAGACAGACGAUGGGGAAGGAAGGCCGAAUUCGCGAGGCGUACCCCUCAUUGUUUGUUCUGUUUCAACGCAUGCGCGACUCUCUGUACCUUCCGAAAUACCAAGAAGUGAUCGCCGCGAUCCAAGCGGACCUCGACGAGGCCGAGAAGCGUGGAGCGGCUCCUUCAGGUAGUUCUGUCGCGGUCGACAGAGAGACGGAGAAGAACGAACGUCCGAGACGUCUUGUGGAGUUCAAUGGAGACGAAGAAGGCGUCGGAGAAGGCAAAGCGCGAGCGAAAGCAGAAGCCUGCGGGUGCCCGGAAGGUGAACGCGAAGGAGACGACAUUAGAGAGCAGAGAACCCGCAUUUUCGAAAACAAAGAGACCGCAAAAGACACAGAAGUUGCUGCGGGGACUCCGGACGAGGCCUGGUGGUGGCUCUGCUCAAACCCCCCGUCCUUCCCGUUCUACGAGGUGUACACUCAAGAACUCAUUGACCUUCUCGCUGCGUAUCUGCAUCGACGCAUUUGCGAGAGAUUCAGGGCGGCAGAACUUCGCGGAAACGGCUGUGAAAGUGAAGGGGUGCAUUUCCCUCUUGCACAAAGAAAGAAACAGGAAUCUCAGGAAAAAACAAGUCCUCCAGAAACGCAUGAGAGACGCAGACAAGCUGCAUUGUCUCCUCUUCGAGUGCUGGAAAUCGGAGCCGGCACCGGAUUGCUUGCUCGCCAUCUCACUACCGCGCUGGAUUCUCUUCUUCUUCGGCAUCCUCCUCACGAAUCCCCUUGCUGUCCUUGUUGCUCUGCUUCUGUUCCUUCCUCGUCUGUUUCUUCUGGUUUUUCUCCUUCUUCGUCUUCUUUUUCUUGUGCAGUCGAGAGAGAGAUGCGGACAGCGGCGACUGGUGGCUGUAAGCACUUGAACUUGACGUCGGACCAUGAACCUGGCUGUGGAGAGGGGAGGGACGCGGAGAAAGAGUAUUUCCCUGGAAAAGGAAAGUGGUACUCGUACCUGGCGAGUGAGGCGCGCAGAGACCUCAGGUGUCUGUACAGGCGAGUGGUUUUCGGAGAUUUCCGCGAGUUGCUUGCCUCCUACAUGCCGCACAUUUGCAUUUGUUCGUGGAUGCCGUUCAACAUCGACUGGACAGGGAUAUUUCGAAACUUCUCGCGCGUUCAAGAGGUGAUGUGGGUCGAGGAAAAACGGAGCAUGUGUCUCCGUCCACCAGGCGAGGCAACAGAGAGAGGCACAGAGCGACAGGAAUCUUGUCGCCAGCCUAACAGCGGGACUCAAACAAAUUCUGAACGCGCUGCUGUCGCCUCCGAACAGGCCUUUUCGUCUUUGCCGAGUUGUAGAGAGAACGACGAGGAAGCAGUCGACACGUGCGGCGGACGGGAAGAGAAGAAGCAGACGGGAGUGGAGGACUAUGUUCUGAUUGGUCAUGCCGAAUUCGGCCUUGUUGGCAAGCCGAUGGAGACGUGGGGUUUACGAUUGCCGGCGCAUGUCCAUUUGCCACAAGGAGUAGAGUUCCGUCGACAGGACAUAACAUGUUCAGGUGAGUCGUCUGACGCUGAAGGAAAGUCGGAACUGCCCCUCCAAGAGCGCAAACGGCAACGGGACAGGGACUCGGGCAUUCAACGGGAUCGCGAUUUCGAGGGGGGUGGUAGGUUGCAGAGGGUUGCUGUGUCUUCUGGGGUGGAAACUGGUGGCAUCAGUCCUGCAGGAAGAAGGCGUUUGUGGAUGAACGUAGGAGACGAAAAAACACACGGAACACCCUUUUGCGACAGAUGUAGCGACAUCGGACAGGAUUGUCCAUUAGCGGUGCGGGCUACGGAGACUGAAGAGGAAAUCGGCAAAGGUGUGGAGUCAACAGGCGCAGACGAGUCUGCUUUGCACAGUGAGAUGCAUCAAGCGAACGGUCACGGCGAGGCUGGCGGAGACUGUGUGGAAGAAGGGGAAGAAACUGCCACACUGUUGCCUCUACAGGAAAGGCUGUAUUGGCGAGACGGAUACACGCGUGUGCAUCUCGGAGGUUCAGAUGAGAUUUUCCAAUGCAGCAGGUUCGACGCUGUAGAGAGCCUCGCAAAUGGUGGUGCGAGCAGCUCCAGGGUUUCUAUUUUUAGGAAACGCAGAGUGUAA